AUUUGGGUGAUUAAUGUAUUAUUAACUAAUUAUGAACUUUAACUAAAAACGUCAAUUAUUUUCACGUGGCAUGAAGUUGAAGAACCGACCAAUUAUUACAACACACUCUUCUCUUACAUCUCUAUCUUCUUAAGUUCUUUCCUUUGUUCUUCGAUUUGAUCACCAACUCUCACAUAUUUCGAAAUCGUCACACUUUGUUGCGUGUCGUCUUCUCUCUCUCAUAAUUCUUGAGUUUCACGUCUCAAGAUUUGAUCACUUCUGCCAAUUUUCCAGAUUGAUCUCUCUAAUUAUGGCUUCCAUGAGUUUCGCCUUGAAUCGCUUCUCUGGACUCUCCUCUAAAACCACCUUAUCAGCUGACUUCGAUCCAUCCUCUCGCCGGAGUUUUCUACCGCCGACUAGAGUUGGACUUAAGAUCUCUUCCGCCGCCGAAUCGGAGCCUGAUCUCAGUGUCACUGUAAAUGGCCUGAAAAUGCCCAAUCCUUUCGUGAUCGGGUCGGGUCCACCGGGUACCAACUACACCGUCAUGAAGAGAGCCUUUGAUGAAGGUUGGGGGGCCGUCAUCGCCAAAACCGUAUCUUUAGAUGCAUCCAAAGUUAUCAACGUGACACCUAGAUAUGCUCGGCUACGAACCGGAUCCAAUGGCUCAGCCAAAACAGAUGUAAUUGGGUGGCAGAACAUAGAACUCAUCAGUGACAGACCUCUUGAAACCAUGCUCAAAGAGUUUGAGCGGUUGAAAAAAGAGUAUCCUGAUCGGAUUCUGAUUGCUUCAGUCAUGGAGGAAUAUAACAAAACUGCUUGGGAAGAGCUUAUCGACCGUGUUGAGCAAACUGGUGUUGAUGCUUUAGAAAUCAACUUCUCGUGUCCUCAUGGUAUGCCAGAGCGCAGAAUGGGUGCCGCUGUUGGACAAGAUUGUGCGCUUCUCGACGAGGUUUGCGGAUGGAUUAAUGCUAAAGCUACAGUUCCUGUAUGGGCUAAGAUGACUCCUAAUAUUACUGACAUAACUGAGCCUGCUAGGGUGUCACUAAAAUCCGGAUGUGAAGGAAUUGCAGCGAUCAAUACAAUCAUGAGUGUAAUGGGAAUUGAUAUGAAGACGUUGCGUCCUGAGCCAUGCGUUGAAGGUUACUCCACUCCAGGGGGAUACUCUUAUAAGGCCGUUCGCCCAAUUGCACUGGCAAAAGUUAUGAACAUUGCCAAAAUGAUGAAAUCUGAGUUUAGUGAGGAUCGCUCGCUUUCGGGUAUUGGAGGAGUUGAAACUGGCUAUGAUGCCGCUGAAUUCAUUCUCCUUGGAUCAAAUACUGUACAGGUAUGCACCGGUGUGAUGAUGCACGGCUAUGGUCAUGUGAAAACCCUUUGCGCUGAGCUGAAAGAUUUCAUGAAACAACACAACUUCUCUACAAUAGAAGAGUUCAGAGGGCAUUCGCUGCAGUACUUUACAACACACACAGAUUUAGUUAAGAGACAGAAAGAAGCAGUUGAGCAGAGAAAAGCUGAGAAGAGAGGCUUGAAAUCUGAUAAAGAUUGGACCGGGGAUGGGUUCGUGAAGGAGACUGAGAGUAUGGUUUCUAACUAAGUUAGUAGCCUGAUGAAGUUAUGACCACCCAAAUAUUUCAAUAAAGGUUCAGCAACUUCAUUCACAACUCACAUGCAAAUUACGAAGGCUCUUUCUUUCAAAUGUUUAAAAUCAACUUCUUAAAUCUCACUUGAAAAGAAAUAACUAAAUUUUAUGUUUCUUAAUUUUCUUCUCGUUGUGUAUUAUUCAUCUUGUAUCCAUCCAUAGCAACCAUUUCUUUGUUACUUCAAGUUGGCUUAAAUUUUGGCCAAUAAUAAUACCAUAGACCUUCUCCAUGAAGCAAGAUGUUGCGGUAGUAACCUUUUAUUAAGGUGUGAUUUGGCUAAAGAAACUUGGUCUUAUAUCAUUAAAAUUAGAUAUUGAACAAAAUCAAGUAUGAGCUGAUAGAACCAAGAUUAG